UCUGCUACCAGCAUCUCAUUGUGAAGCCGGCGUAUCGGUGUCUCGAUAGAAAGGUCCGAUUUUCUCUAAUUUCCACGAUCUUCCUCAAAAUGGAACCAAAGAAGAGAACCAUUGAUGAGUCUGUUGAUUAUCUGGAGGGUAUAAAAGCAUUGGUUUUGGAUAUAGAAGGAACAACAACUCCAAUAACCUUUGUCAAGGAGACUCUGUUCCCUUACAUCAAAGAGAACGUGGAGGAACACGUAAAGUCUCACUUUGAUGAAGAGGAGUGCCAGCAAGACAUUGAUGCUCUCAGGGAACAGGGAGCCAAAGAUGUGAAGGACGAGGUUGAAGGUGCCAUAGCGAUACCAGCCGCAACGGAGGAGAAAGAUGACAUCAUCAAGGCAGUGGUGGCGAAAGUUCUGUGGGAGGUUGAAAACGACAAGAAGUUCUCGGCAUUGAAACAGCUCCAGGGACAUAUGUGGAGAACUGCUUACAAAGCGGGCAACAUCAAGGGAGAGGUUUAUGAUGAUGUUUUACCCGCCUUGAAGCGAUUAAUUGCGGAUGAAAAAAAGGUGUAUAUCUACUCAUCAGGCAGUGUGGAGGCACAGAAAUUACUUUAUGGAUACUCAAAUCAGGGAGAUUUAUUAGAGUAUUUUUCAGGGUAUUUUGACACCAAGGUUGGAUCAAAAGCCGAACAGGAAAGUUACAAAAAGAUAGCUGAAGAAAGUGACCAGAAGCCCGAGGAGAUGCUCUUCCUCACUGAUGUACCAAAAGAGGCGAAAGCAGCAGCAGAGGCCGGUAUGAAGAGCAUCAUCGUGGUGAGGCCGGGCAACGUGGAACUCUCCGAAGAGGAUCAAAAGACUUACAAUACAAUCUCAUCUUUCUCAGAGCUGUUUGUGGAGAACUAGUCAUUCCUUUGUUCGAUGUUUAUUUAUAUCCAAGUAUUGACUCGUGGCAGAUACCAGUUGGACAAUGGGUGAUUUCAAAGUUGGUUUUAGUGUUAGUGUUAAGGAUUUUCUUUUGCCUCCAGUUCAGUACACAACUGAAUAACUCAUUGAAAAUAUACUGCAAAACCAAGAUAAUUAUUGUUAAGGAUUUUCUCUUGCCUCUAGUUCAGUACACAUCCAAUUAAAUCAUUGAAAACCUACUGUAAAACCAAGAUAAAAUCUUGGUUUUGCAGUAUAUUUUCAAUGAGUUAUUCGGUUGUGUACUGAACUGGAGGCAAAAGAAAAUCCUAAAAACACUAAAACCAACUUUAAAAUCACCCAUUGUGUUCUCUGCCCACUGUUGUCGCUCUCAGAAAAUGUUGAAAAGACUUGCAAUAAAAUCAAAUAUUUCUCAGAGCUGUUUAUGGAGAACUCGUCAUUCCCUUGUUCCAUGUGUAUUCAUUUCUAAGUGUUUGCUCAUGGUAGAUACCAGUUAAAAGUUGUGUUCUUUGCUCACUGUGGUCAUUUCGUGUUGAUAGGAACUGUUUAUUGGGCUGUAUUGACUCUGGGUGUUUGCAAUAAUUUGUCUAUUUUUAAGAAGGUGAUGGUGGAAAAUAAAUAUGUGGUGAGUUCACCUUAAAAAUAUCCAGUCGUAGAACAAAAUAUUUAUUUAGGCUAAAACUGAACGUAGUAAAAAGAACUAAAUUGGUGAUUACCUCUGAUGCAGUUCAUUGACUUGAGUCUGUAAUGUUAUGCAAUGUUACCCAGAUGCCCAGCUCAAAUUGUAAACUACCUGAGGGGAACUCAAAACUGUUAUGAUUCAUCAAUGGAAGCGUAUUCCUGUCCUAGGUUUUAUCUAUGCCAUUUAAAACUGUGGCCAUUUUCAUAAGCGUUUCG